UGGAUUAAAAUCAUUUUCCACCCAGUCUAUGGUCACAUUAUAACCCAAUUCAAAGAAAAUAAGCUUAAAAAACAACAAAAGAAAACUUGGGAAAUAUUAAAAAAAAAAAAAACCUCAGCGAAAAUUGGAAACAAAAAUCCCAAGCAAUAUCGGAUAAUUCCGAAAAAUAUCAAGGAAGGGUGCCUAAAAAAGCUAUGAAGAUAAAGAUCCGGAGGAGCCUCUCGUUCGCCGGCUGCGGCUUUCUGGGCAUCUACCACGUGGGCGUUGCGGUCUGCUUGCGCCAACAUGCCCCCCACCUGUUGCUGGAGAGGAUUGCCGGCGCCUCCGCCGGAGCUUUGGCCGCCUGUUGCCUCAUCUGCGACCUACCGCUGGAGGGCAUGGCCGGGGAUUUUCUGCGGGUCGUCCAGGAGACACGUCGCCACUCGUUGGGCACAUUCAGUCCCUGGUUCAAUCUGUCCGAGUGCCUGCUCGAGGGGAUGCAUCGUUGCCUGCCGCCGGAUGCCCAUCGGCUGGUCAAUGGACGCCUUCACAUAUCCCUCACCCGGGUCAGGGAUCGCCAGAAUGUGGUUAUGUCGGAGUUUAGCUCACGCCAGGAGCUCCUCCAGGCCCUGAUGUGCUCCUGCUUUAUACCCGGACUGUCGGGCUUGGUGCCGCCGCAGAUCCUUGGUGUGCGCUACAUGGACGGCGCCUUGUCCAACAAUCUGCCCCUGCUGGACGAGGCCACGGUUACCGUCACACCCUUUUGCGGUGAGAGCGACAUCUGUCCCCGUGACCAGAGCCCACACCUGCUGCAGCUGAAUCUCAAUUGGGCGAACAACAAGUUCCGCUUGUCACGGCGAAAUCUACGUCGCCUUGUGGGCAUUCUGGUGCCGGGACGAUCCGAUGUUGUGGCCAAUUUCUGUCAGCAGGGAUACGAUGAUGCCCUCCGCUUUCUACGCCGAAAUGGUCAACUCAAAGAGGACUACAGCCUGCAGGAUGGCGAUAUGGUUAGCUGGAUUCACAAACAGUGGGAGAUCGAGGCGAAGCGGCGCGAGAGGGAGGAAGUGGAUUCAGUUGGAGCACCUCAGGAGCUGCAAGAAGAGUCCCAAGACUUGGAUCAUAAUAAUAAUACCAGGAAAAUUCAAAAGCGUCAGCAUAAGAAUCAAAAGAAGGCUAAGGAGCUGGUGGACAAUGAGACACAUCUAAGGCUAGUGUCAGAGAGUAGCCACUACCAUGCCAAGUCCCUUCUCAGCUGCACCUGGUCCCUGCUCCGUCGGAUGUUGACCGCUCCAUCGCUGGCCAGGCACAUGGUUCAAAGAAUGGCCGGACAUCUGGGCCGGAGUCUCACGAUCUGCGAGCAGCCGCACUUUGACCUGGCCCUGAUGCAGGCACCCGGCUCGGGCUCGGGCUCUAGCUUUGGCUCCGUCGUCUCCGCCUCCUCCAGCUAGACCCCACCUGACGCCACUUUGGGGCUUUGAUAAGGCAGGUGAUAAGAGCAAAGUCAAGGCCGAAGCAAUGUGCGACGCCGACUGGGGAGAUCAGGUGGCUAAGGAGGAGGUGGCAAUGGAGGCGGAGUAUGAGGAGCCCCAAUGAGGCGCCAAUAGUUUAUCAGCGAUCGGUCAAUCGAUCAGUUCCCAAUUAAGCUUAAUUUGCUGUGGAAAUCGUUUUGUAAUAAAUAUAUGUUGUUUUUUUUUUACACAAAAAAUUGACAUAAAAAGCCAUUAUAAAAUAAGAUAAAUAAUUACACAAAAACACAUUUAUUUGUUUUUAUAAUAAUCUCUGUAAUUUUCAUAAUAAAAAUGUAUAUUUUUGUUCCUUGUUAAA